CUCCAUCCCACCUCUCCUCCCUCGAACAACAGAGCAUGGCGGCGCGAGGAGGCAACCCUCGUCGGCGCUGCCCUGCACCUCCCCUCUCCCUCUGACCCUCGCCGCCACCCCGCACCGCCCUCCACCUCCCUCGGCUCGUGGCUGGGCAGCCCGUCGCUCCUGCUCUUGGGCGCGUGAUUUGCCACCGGACGCCUCAGCGCCGGCGCCAACCAACCCGACGGCGCAGCUCCGGCCAGAGGGAUCUGUUCCAGCUCGUCCCGUAGAUCGUCGGCCUCCCCUGCAACCACGCCCUCGACUGCCUCCUCUGCCUCCCUCCACUUCAUCCACACCAGCAAAAAGUUGUUAAUUUUGCAAAGGUCAAAUACUGUCAUGAAUACCACUCAGAAAGUUGAUCCAGCGGAACCAGCUGCUAAGAUUGCUCAACAAGCCUCACAGUUCAAACGUUGGGGACGCAAGCAUCCAUUUGUUCGUUAUGGCCUUCCACUCAUUUCUUUGACAGUGUUUGGUGCGGUUGGUCUAGCUCAUCUUAUACGGGGAAGCAAAGAAGUAACAAAGGAAAAGGAGGAUAUGGAAUGGGAGGUCGUAGAGAAAACAAAAGCUCUGAGCCGAACAGGACCGGUGGAAGGGGCCUAUAAGCCUAAGAAGCUCUCACUAGAGGAUGAACUGAAGGCUUUGCAGCAAAAGGUGGACAUAAACAGCUACGACUACAAGAGAAUUCCCAAGCAAAAUGAGAACAAGUGAAAUAAAGCACCGUUUAUCAUGCUAAGGAGUGGGGGAUUUUCUUAAAAGCUUUGGAGUAAUUUCUUCUUCCUGUUUCUUCAUGAGUUCCUUGGGAUGCUGUCCAAGUGUCAAAAUGAGAUUGCGGAGACAUCAUCAUCAGAACUCUGUGCUUCUUCGGCCACCAGCAGUAGAGAGUCGAGGAUCCUUUGGAAGGCUUGAACCGUAGGAAUCAUUGUGUGUAGCGACAGGAGACAGCAUGUUCACGGUCCACCCAAGCGUGUUUUUUUUAGUCAGAUCGAAUACUGCCUUCCUUAUCAAGGGGCCAAUAAAUUGUACUCCCUCCGUUUCGAAUUAUAGGAUGUUCUAACUCUUUUUCUGAAUCAUAUGUAUACACGCGUUUUAGUGUGUUUGGUCACUCAUUUCAGUCCUUAUGUAGUCUAUGUUGAAAUAUUCAAAACAUCUUAUAAUUCGAAACAGAGGAUGUGUGAACAAUCAAUUUUGUAUAUUAUUUUUUAAAAGUCUAA